UGCUACUUUAUUCUUGGUGAUCACAGAGAUGCAUGCUAUGAUAUGACGGCGUCUCAUCCGUGAUGAUUUCUUAUUCUAAUUCUCAUCGACGCUCAUGAACCACAGCUGAAGAGGCGCCUGAUCAGUUGAAAUCUUGCCAUCAUGUUUAUCCUGACCAAAUUCUCCGAUCUGGUGCAGAUCUCCCCAGAGGACUUCUCGAAGCACAGUAUUGUAGCAAUCGAGGACAAUAUUAAUGCCAAAUAUGCAAACAAGGUAGUUCAAAAAAUUGGACUGUGCAUCUCCCUGUAUGAUGUUUUGUGGACGUCAGAAGGCUUGAUAGGCCACGGCACAGGCCUCGUAAAUGUCAAUGUCGAGUUUCGUAUGAUAGUAUUCAGACCUUUCAAGGGAGAGGUUAUGCUCGGCAGGAUACGUAGUUCAACACCUUCCGGAAUUCAUCUGAGAACAGACUUCUUCGACGACAUCUUUAUCCCGUACGAAGAGCUUCCGCAGGGGGCUGAAUACAAUCACAGCGAACAGAUUUGGAUAUGGAAUUUUGAUGAAGAGCGCCUGUUUUACGACAACCACGAAAUGGUCCGUUUCCAGGUCAUUGACGAAGAAUGGCACGAUCAGACUCCAGCCGGUCCCACUCAAGCAGAAGACACACCGGCAAAGACGCCUUAUAAGAUCAAAGGCAGCAUGGCUGCUGAAGGUCUUGGUGUGUGUCUAUGGUGGGAUGGUGCCUGAUUGGAUUGUUUAGAGGCGUUUGAAGAGCACAAUGUAUUAAUGAUUAUAUUUCCAUACUGUCGGGUCUACAAUAUUUUACACCUUGAUUCUCUCCAGCAGUCGCUCCUCGAUGCCGUCCAGGACGGAAUAAUGCUCAAUGACGGCCAAGUUUUCGGCCUCGGCCUUGAACAUCUUGUGGGGAUCCUGACCAGGGGCCAUGGGGCCAACGGGCAUCUGUUGUUGCUGCAUUUGCUGAGCAAUUUGGCUCGCAGCUGGUGACGUGUUAGGAGAUAUUCUAUUAUGCUUGAUAGAGGAUGUAUGGUAUUAGUAUGCUUACCGUUGUCACUUCCAAGGAGGAACACAUAGACAAAUUGGAGACCGAAGAUACACAAAAAGUACCAGCUG